GCCCGGCCCGCGUAUUUAUUUUAAAUGAACUGGCGGGACGACGUUCGUUGAUCAUUGCAGUCGUUUUACUCCAGAAGCGAGGGAAGACAGUUCACUUUUAUUUUUGUUUUAUUUUUGCUGUUUGGUUUUGCACUGUGCCGAUACUAACAUGCCUGCCUCCAUGCCUGCCUACAUGCCUGUCCCAGAGGUUGAUGAUGCCAGACGACUUUCUCCAUCGAAAAGGUUCAAACGCAACCCUACCGAGGAAGGAUCCGUUCUUCGCUUCGCCAAACUUUCGGAACAUGCCACUUCACCCACCAGAGGCUCCUCAAAAGCUGCUGGAUUCGACCUCUACAGUGCAUAUGAUUAUUCAAUCGGCCCAAUGGACAAGGUAAUCGUGAAAACUGACAUCCAGAUAGCAGUGCCACAUGGCUGUUAUGGCAGAGUGGCACCAAGAUCUGGUCUCGCAGCAAAGCACUUUAUUGACGUUGGAGCUGGAGUCAUUGAUGAGGACUACAGAGGGAACGUGGGUGUUGUCCUAUUUAAUUUCAGCAAACAGACAUUUGAAGUUAAAAAAGGUGAUCGGAUUGCACAACUGGUGUGUGAGCGCAUCGCCUACCCAGAAUUAAUUGAAGAGGAGAGACUAGAUGACACUGAGCGUGGGACAGGAGGCUUUGGGUCAACCGGACUCAACCGGAUCCAUUAAUGUUUUACAUUUUGUUAUUAAAUUUUGUUUUUUUUACAUGAAUCUCUUUAAAUCUGAGUAUUGUUGAGUCUUAGCAAUUUUGCAUUUCUCCACAUGAGGGCAGUGUAUGACAAGUUUUAUGCAAAGCUGCCUGAAAACUGUCCAAGCUUGGCUUGCACAGACAGAUACCGAUUGAAAAACUUGAGUUGGAGCUUUAGACUUUCUUUAAAAUUAUAGUGUCAGGCAGCCUGACGCAACAGCAAGUGUUUCUGGACAGAAAUUAAGUACAUAUUUCAAAGAUAUUAUUUAUCUUUACAUAGUAAUGUGUUUUACCUACUUUGAAUGAUAGUAUUCUGACUUUGACCUGACCAAAUCAAUAAAAUCAUUUGGUGUUAAGAAUUUGUUGUUUCUAAUUAAGACUCAUUCCCGA